UGAAGAUGUCAGCAGAUAUACCAUUAAAUAUCAAUAUUAAGGAGCCCCGAUGGGAUCAAAGCACUUUCAUUGGACGAGCCAGUCACUUCUUUACUGUAACAGAUCCCCGGAAUAUUUUGUUAUCUGAUGCCCAACUAGAAAAUGCAAGAAAAAUUGUUCAUGAUUACAGACAAGGUAUCGUGGCACCUGGCUUGACAGAAGAUGAAUUGUGGAGAGCAAAAUAUAUCUAUGAUUCAGCCUUUCAUCCAGACACUGGUGAAAAGAUGGUCUUGAUUGGCAGAAUGUCAGCUCAGGUGCCAAUGAACAUGACUAUCACCGGGUGUAUGAUGACCUUUUAUAGGACGACCCCAGCGGUGGUUUUCUGGCAGUGGAUUAACCAGUCCUUCAACGCUAUAGUAAAUUACACGAACAGGAGUGGUGAUGCCCCAAUUACUGUCAGCCAGCUGGGAACAGCCUAUGUUUCUGCUACCACAGGUGCUGUUGCAACUGCUUUAGGACUUAAUGCACUAACAAAGCAUGUCUCACCUCUCAUAGGAAGGUUCGUUCCUUUUGCUGCUGUUGCUGCUGCUAACUGUAUUAAUAUUCCACUCAUGAGACAAAGGGAACUCAAGUUUGGAAUCCCUGUCACAGAUGAGAAUGGAAACAGACUGGGUGAAUCAACCAAAGCAGCUCAGCAGGCAAUUACUCAGGUGGUUAUUUCAAGGAUUCUGAUGGCUGCUCCUGGCAUGGCAAUUCCUCCCUUUAUAAUGAAUACUUUGGAAAAGAGAGCCUUUCUAAAGGUUUUUGCUGAAUCGCACAGUUCUUCCUGCACUCAUUUCUGGAUUACAGACUGCCUCCAAGAAAAAGAGGAACAAUCUUCUACAUCAUUUCCUCUUCAGUCUCAAGCUCUGGAGAGAGCUUAUUUCAG